GACGCAGCAGCAGGGGCGGACGAGGCAGAGCCACAGCAGCAGGCCCAGACGCAGCACGACAAGAAGUCGGUUGCAGCCUCGCAAGCACCGCCGGCAGCGGAGGAGGAUGCAGAGCCACAGCAGCAGCGUCAGGAUGCAGCGCCGACGGAGGCAGAGGCGGCAGCAGAGGGGCCGCAGGCCGCGCCCUCAGACACGUUCGAGGCCGCCACGGACGAAGCAAAAGAUGACUACGGCCGCUUCACGACGGGCUACGACCCACCCUGUCCAGGCCCGACGUGCGCCAAGUGCGGUCGGGAUGCGGAGGGCGUCCGCUUCAGGCUCGCCCAGAAGAGCGCCAACACGUGGUGGUGUGGGAGCUGCAACAGCAAGAGUUCGAUGGUGCAGCGCUGCUAUGCGCACUGGCCACCGCGCUCGUUCGCUCUCAUGCGCAAGGCGGACCAGCAGGCGUUCUGGCGCUCGAUGGACGACCCUUCCAUUGAGAACAACGCUCAGUUCGAAGAGGAGCUGGUGAGGGUCCUCAGCGAGGGGUACGACGCGGACGCCGUCCGUGCCAACAACGACGUGAGGUACAAUUCCGACUUGAAGCAGGAUUGUUACCGCAUCCGCAUCGAGGGCAGCAGGCAGGAGAACAUCGAAGAGACAGUGAGGCAGGAGCUCCGCCAGAACAGGAAGCCGCCGAGGCCAUCCCCACCGAAGCAUGAGAGAGCCGUGGAGCCACUCCCGCAAAAGACGCACCGCUCGCCGAGCGGUGGCUACGAGGGCCCCACAGGCGCUGGUCGCCGUUCGACGAGUCGGAGCGGCGACAGCGACUGUUCGCAGAACCGCCAGCUGAAGCGGGGCCACUCCAGCAGCGGCGACGGCACGGACCGCUUCCCCAGCCGCGGCCGCAAGCGCAGCAGCCGCGGCCGCAGGGCGGACAGCCGCCAGAAGCACCGCUCUUCCAGAGGUUCCCGCAGAGCCGACGCGAAGGGCCGCCGCUCGAGGAGCCGCAGGGCGCACAGCAAGAAGGAGAAGGCCCGCUCGAGGAGCCGCAGGGCGCACAGCAAGAAGGACAAGGCCCGCUCGAGGAGCCGCAGGGCGCACAACAAGAAGGACAGCCGCAAGACGGGUCGCUCCCAGUCUCGCGAGAAGCAGCGCUCGAGGAGCCGCAACGACCACGGCAAGAAAGGGAGGGACUCGCGCAGUCGCAUCAGGAGGGAACGCAGCGAGCAGAAGCGUGUCCAGAAGGCCAUCAAGGACCGCAAGGCGUUGGCGAUGAAGACGCUGGAAAAGACGGGGUCCUGGGACGUGCAGCUCGCAUCGCUCCUCGACGACGAGGACUGCUCCAGGGUGCCGACCUGGGCGGCGAAGAACGCGAAGGACAGCCACAAGGAUCUCUCGAAGCUCAGGGAGGCCGCGAAGACCGCGCUCGAGGACCCCAGGGCGAGCUUGCCGUACGAGGCGAAGGCCCUGGAGGCAGCCCUCGCCGACGCAAAGACCGCUGUCGGUGGCCUGCGUUCGGCCAUCGAGCACGCGAGCUGCUCAACGGCCUUUUCAUCCAUCGUGGAUG